AAGCUCAAAAGAAUUUUAUUUAUGUAUUUAUUUAUUUUUUUUCUCAUAAUUCAUCAAAGAGCUUCCCUCCAUGAAUACAAGUAGCUCUGCUUUUUCCCAUACAUUUGCUCGCUUACAAGGCCCACAAUUUUAACAGGGGAAAAACCCCAUUAUGAAGAAGAUGGAAAAAAAUGUGAAAUAAUUGCAUUGACAACCUAAGGUACCACCUUAGAUUAUUCAAGAAAAUUUUUAUCAAAGCUUUUGGGUGUUUGUGAUUCAAGUUUUUCCAAAGGAAAGAAAAAGGAAAAAAAAAAAAUUCAACUAUUGUUGCUCUUCCUGUAUUCUUGGUAGCUUAUCUUUUUAUUUUUUUCCAAAAGCCUUUUUUGGGUUGUUGAUAUUAUUAUAUACAAUGAGUGAAUUCAAAGCUAUCUUCCUAAGUUUCAUUAAAUUCAACACCCACCUUCCUGAUUCUCACAAAAGUAGUAUUUCCAAGUUCCCAAGACCUCCACUUUUGGAUGCGGUGAUUGUUGUCUGAUUCGAAAAGAUCACAGUUUUUGGGAGAUGGGAACCAAUCUUUCCAGCAUAGUUUCAGUGUAAUCAGAGUCUUCUCUCUGGUUUUUGAGAUUCUCCUAACAUGAUAUGAAUUUGUUGGUUCUUCAAUGGCUAAGAAGAAGAGCUGGUUCAAUUUGAUAAAGAGGUUCUUCAUUUCAGAUGCACAAUCAAGACAAGAAAAGAAGGAGAAGAGAAGGAAAUGGGUAUUUGGCAGGAUUAAGAUAAAAAGAUUAGCCUCUCUGACUGCACCACCAUCACCAUUGAAAGAGAAGACAGCAAGUGAAGCAGGGGAAGAACAGAGCAACCAUGCUUUGAAUGUCGCCAUUGCCACUGCUGCUGCUGCUGAGGCUGCUGUGGCAGCAGCACAUGCUGCUGCUGCUGAGGUUGUCCGACUCACAGCCACCCCUUACUCCACCCAUAACGCUAAGCAACACACAAAACAAGAACUGGACACCGAAACAACUCCGACAAAGGCUGCUCCUUUAGCAUGCCAAUAUGAUAAGCAAAUCCAAGAAUCUGCUGCUGUCAAAAUCCAAACUGCCUUCAGGGGUUACCUAGCUAAAAAGGCUUUGAGGGCAUUGAAGGGAAUAGUGAGGCUUCAAGCUAUUAUUCGUGGCCGAGCCGUGAGACGACAAGCAAUGACUACCCUCAAAUGCCUGCAGUCCAUAAUAAAUAUUCAGUCCCAGGUCUGUGCAAAGAGAUUCCAAACCAGUGAUGGUACUUUUCACUGUGACGAAAACAGUCACUUACAAAAUUUGAGAGACCAGACAUUAAGGGUGGACACGAACAGUCAAAGAAGAUGGGAUGACAGCCUUCUAUCGAAGGAAGACGCAGAUGCUUCAUUUCUAAGCAAGAAAGAGGCUUUGAUCAAGAGAGAAAGGAUCAAAGAAUACUGGUAUAGCCACCGGAAAUCAGCAGAAACAGAAAGAAACAAAGUAAAUGGAAGAUGGAGGUAUUGGUUGGAGCAAUGGGUAGAUACCCAACUCAAUAAAAGCAAAGAACUUGAAGAUUUGGAUACAACUUUUCCAUCAACUGCAAGAAAAAACGAUGAAUUUGGAGGAAAACAGCUUAGGCUAAGAAAGAUUCAUAGCCACUAUCAAAACCAUGAUCACAGAAUGGAUUCUCCAAUAUUUGUUCUAAGAAAAUCAGCUCACCACAAAAAGCAAUGUUCAUUGGGAGAUGAGAAUUCAUUUUCAGGCUCUCCUGUUGUUCCAACUUACAUGGCUUCAACUGAAUCUGCUAAAGCAAAAGCAAGAUCUAUUAGCUCCCCAAAACUAAGGCCAGGAGGGGGUUUUGACACUUGCUCUGAGAGCUAUUCACCAUGCAAGAACAGGCUCUCACUGAUAUCUUCAAUAACCAGUGACAUGCCUAGCAGUGGAAGGAUUGGAAAGACUGGUGUUCAUUGCCAGCAAAGAUCUCCAAGCAUGAAGGGCAUUCAAGGUCCCAUAAAAUCGAACCGGAUGGCAAAAGAUCUAAGCUUUGACUCAGAAUGCUCGCUAUCAUACUGGGAUCGACGAAGUACCUUCAGAUGAUUUUUAUAGUUGUACAAAAUGAUUUGCUAAUCUGGUUAAUUUCUUGUCUUGGAUUUCAGAAGUUAAUCAAUAGUUCCAAGUAAAAUUGAAUUUGGUUAAUAACAAUGGAUGUAUAUUUUGUUUCUCUCAAGAAAA